GAAUGAGAGGAUAGAAGAAAAAGAGAUGCGGGUGGGAGGUGGCCGGUGGUGGGGGUGGACGGUGGCUGGGCUAUCAUAUAACCAAGUGGGUGGAGUCCAUUCCACAUGUCCAGCCAAUCACAGUCCAGGGUUUAACUACAGGCUUGUCCCAGCUUUUACUAGUCACUUGUUGUUAAGGCCAGGGGUCGUUGGUCCAGUCCAAGGAGAGCUACCUGGACUGAGUGCACCGGCAGGAGCCAUGAUUCGCCCCCGCACUCUUAGAGUAGAUUAUGAUAAAACUGCAAACGUCGUAUGCGUGGUUGGGUCUGCACUUCAUGUGGCCCUGAACAGGAGCGCACCUCCCAACUCCACAUUCUUCUCAGUCAAAUGCACUCCCAAUGUUCAGUACAGCAUUGACCCACCAACCCAGGUGACCUCUCACCUCUCCCCCAUCACCCUUGAUGGAAAGUCAGUGCUGCUCAUUACGAUGAGCAGUGCCAGCCAACAUGAGAACGACAGCAAGCUUACUGUCAGAUACUACGGGCAGAAUAAAGACGUUUUGAGCAAUGCCAUCCUGCACCUGACAGCACUCGAGAUCUCUCUUGAUGUGGAUGCUGACCGAGAUGGCGUUGUGGAGAAAAACAACCCCAAUAAGGGGUCUUGGAAAUGGGGUCCCGAUGGACAUGGAGCCGUCCUAUUGGUCAACUGUGAUUCUGAGCGACGCUAUGGCAAAAAACUUGACACCGAGGUGGACUACAUCGCCAAAUUAUCUGAUCUCCGGGACAUGUCUGAGAUGGUUUUGCGGACGCGAGGACCCGCCAAGCUCCCGGACGGCUACAAGCUCACCAUGCACAUCUCUCAGAGCGAUGCGGAGAGCAUCAGAGUUUACAGUCCCAGGCCUCACUCGUACAGCAACUUCCUGCCCGGCGUAUCGAGCGGCUUUACGAGAGUGCUGACCAGCCGCGUGUUGUCCGGGCAAGUGCCAUACCUCGGGGGUGUAGCCGAGACUAGCUUUUACGUGGAGGGUCUCAGGUUUCCGGACAAGGACUUUGACGGGCUCAUCACUAUCAACCUUAGUCUGCUGGAGCCCAUCUGUAGAGGUCUUCCCGAGACCCCCAUUUUCACAGACACCGUUGUGUUCAGAGUGGCACCGUGGAUCAUGACUCCAAACACCCUGCGGCCUGUUGAGGUGUUUGUGUGCAGCACCUCGGACAACUACGGCUUCCUGAAAGGAAUGAAGAAUCUUGUGUUGAACAGCGGCUACAAACUCAACAUCUGUCACGAGUAUAUGAACAGAGGCGACCGCUGGAUGCAAGAUGAGCUGGAGUUUGGUUACAUUGAAGCACCGCAUCAACGCUUUCCUGUGGUCUUGGAUUCCCCCAGAGAUGGAAAACUUCUGGAUUUUCCAUACAGUGAACUACUGGGUCCUGACUUUGGCUACGUUACGAGAAUGGCCCUGAGGAAAGAUGUGAGCAGCUUGGACUCGUUCGGCAACCUGGAGGUCAGUCCUCCUGUCACGGUCAACGGCAAAGAGUAUCCAUUGGGAAGAAUCAUCAUCGGCGUGGCAUUUCCCACAACCACGAAAGGACGGAACAUGACCAAAGUGGUUCAGGACUUCCUGUGGGCACAGAAGGUCCAAGAGCCUAUUGCCUUGUUUUCUGACUGGCUGGUCGUUGGCCACGUGGAUGAAUUCAUGACCUUUGUUCCCGCACCAGACAGAAAGGGCUUUCGGCUGCUGCUGGCUAGUCCGGACGCGGGUUACAAGCUCUUCAGAGGCCUAAAGAACAACGGUCAUGGACAGGCCAAACUCUUUGAGGGUCGGAAUGACCAAAAGCCAAUCACAGUGGACGAGAUACUCGAAGACGAAGGAUUCCAAGCUGAGAACAACUACGUGCAGAGCUGCAUCGACUGGAACCGAGAUGUGCUGAAGCGAGAGCUGGGCCUGGACGACGCCGAUAUCAUCGACCUGCCCAUCCUCUUCAAGUUAGAACAGGACACUGACUACGAGUUCCGAGCAGUCGCCUUCUACCCCGACAUGGUGAAUAUGAUCGUGCUGGGGAAAAGUCUGGGCAUUCCCAAGCCCUUCGGCCCCAAGGUGAACGGCCGCUGCGCCCUGGAGGCGGAGAUGUGCUCCCUGAUGGAGGGCCUGGGACUCACCUGUACCUUCAUUGACGACUUCGCCUCCUACCACCGGCUCCUGGGUGAGGUCCACUGCGGCUCCAACGUGCGCAGGGAAGGGUUUGACUUCAAGUGGUGGAACCUGGACAUGUGAAUUGAGCAGCCCAGUACUGGGACAUUUCACUGCGAUGGUCUUUUAUUUCAUUAAACAUCUCUGUUGUCUUUAUUUACAAUGAGGAUGCAAAGUAAUACUAUAUGUACAAGCGAGACCUUUCAAGAAGCAGACGAUGACAGAAGUACAAUCAUUUUAAAACAGAGCGCACUUUUCGGAUCGACCACUGUAAAAAGCACAGGCCAGACGCAUGGAUGUGCUAUUUUGUUCAGCCACAAGGAGGCGCAAGCCAUCUACGCUUCAAUUGAGCAGGUUCAGUUCAAGUAAAAUCAAAGUUUGAGCUCAAUCAUUUGAGCGUUUUUUUCCCCCUGCAUUUGUCAAACCUUUUUACAUUUGUCAAACCGUUUUACACAAAAUGGGGGAAAGUACAGUAGAUCCGCAAAAGGGAGCAUGAUGUGCCUUGUGUGUUACAUUCAGGAACCUCCAGAAAAACGAGCACUCACAAGACACAAUCAUUUGGAAAGGCAACCUCAAGAUUAGUCACAGUGUUGUUCCAAAAAAUCCACUUGACAAACACAAAAUUAAGGAGUUCCUAUGGAAAGCCAUUUGAACGUUUAUUUGAUAUCCCACUAGUGCACUUGGCUGUCCAUGAACAAGUGGCACACGACUUUCCACUGCUGCCUUCCACGACUGCAUGACAUUUCUUCGCACAAGUACUGUGGAACUAAAGUUACAAGUGAAGCUAAACUCUGCACUUGUUCACAUAUUUGUUUUCUACAAGUACUCCCGGUGACAUAACAUAUUACUGAUUAAGGAACAAGAAGUUCAUAACCCACAACAACUUAAGGAACCAAAUCUGUCGGUAACUGAGAAAACAGCAAAGGGGAACAUUAGUCGAAGCAAGUACAUGUAUAUUGCCAAAACGUAAUGAUCGGAGAACGUUACAAAAAGUUGCCAUUGCGACCAAGGGGCAGCUAAAUCCAACCAAACGUAAACCACCAGGAAGCGUGAUGUUCUCAGAACGUUGCGUGAACAAAAUGUUUGUAGGCAGUGCACAGAAAUGUCAUACAGUA